CUUUUAUUUCUUCAAACUCAUCUCUCUCUCUCUCUCCACUACCCAACUGCAUAUGCCAUGACGUUUAUGCCAUUUUUUUUUUCUCUUCCUCAAACACUCGUACCAACUUGCUUCUAGUAAUCUUCCAGAUAAUGGUAUUAACACGCCUUCAUAAACCCAUACACUAUAAAUACUCCAUAAACUACAAACCAUUGUUUCAUCCAAUAUUUCCAACACAAAUAUUAUAUUCAUAAUAAUCAUAUUCCUACAUUCUACUAUACUUUUUGUUUGAAACAAUUUGUAAGACUAUAAUAGUAUAUUACUUUGUUGUAAUUAUAUUUUGUGGUAUUGAACAAUAUAUUGUUAACAUGAAGAGGGAAAUGGAAUUUGAGCGUGUUCUUAGUUACUUUGAUGAAGAUGGAGACGGAAAAAUUUCGCCAAACGAGUUAAGGAGUCGAAUGGCGAAGAUUGGCGGAGAGUUUCAAUUGAAAGAAGUUGAAAUUGCUAUUGAGGCAUUGGAUUCUGAUGGUGAUGGGUUAUUGAGUUUGGGAGAUUUGAUUACGUUAAUGGAAUCAGGGGGAGAGGAGGAAAAAUUGAAGGAUUUGAGGGAAGCUUUUGAAAUGUAUGAUAAUGAAGGAUGUGGAUUCAUAACGCCAAAAAGUUUGAAGAGGAUGUUGAAAAAACUGGGGGAUUCUAAGUCCAUUGAAGAAUGCAAAUUGAUGAUUAAAAGAUUUGAUUUGGAUGGUGAUGGUGUGCUUAGUUUUGAAGAAUUCAGAAUCAUGAUGGAUUGAAUGAUGAUGAUGUAUAUAUGUGUUGAUUAUGUGAGGUGCUUAUAGUCUUUCUGGUUUCAUUCAUUCUUUUGUACAUUGUAUGACUAAAUUGCUUUUAUGCAAUGUAAAUUUAUAUAAAUCAUUGUUUUUGUAAUUUACUAGUAAAUAAUAAUGAGGACAUGGGAUGAUAAAUAAUUUGGC